AUGGCAUACAUCUUCGAGGCCGGGGCCUUGCUGCUGAGGAGCUCAGGUGUGCACUGGGGCGACGAGGAGACCGAGACGCUCCUGGCCAUCCUGUGGGAUGCUCAACAUCAUGAGAAACUCCAAACUCGUGAGCACAGCCAGAUCUACAGGGCGGUGGCAGGACGACUCCGGGAGCAGGGCUUUCUGCGGACCCCAGAGCAGUGUCGCACCGAGUUCACCAGCCUGCCGUCGAGGUACCACAAGGGGAGGGCAGGCCGUGUGCCUGAGCCUUGUGUCCUCUGUGAGGCCCUGUCAAGCUCCUGGGCCUCUGCACCCACGGUGGCAAGCCGUGCUGUUCCUGGCCAAGAAGGAAGGGCUGCAGAGCCCGGAGAGCUGAGUCAGCAGAACGGGGAGCCCACAGAGGUCGGAGAAGGGGCCCGGGCGGAUGGUGCAGCCGGGGAUGAGCAGGACUUCCGGGAUUCUGGCCGGGAAGUUUCCUCAUUGUUCUGUUCUUUCUCCAUACUCCCGUGUCUUUCUGUUCCCUCCAGUCUUGAGAUCAAGAAUAAAACUAAAACAGAGAAUCAGAAAUGGGAUGAUUCAGGGCAAGCAGAAGUGAAGAAGGCCCUAUGGAGAAAGUCUAGUGAAAUUUUUUGGCACCCCGAGCCCAAGAGAGGCCAGAAGGGUGAGCCUGAGCCAAGAGGGCAACAUAGACGUUCUCCAGGGGAGCGUGCAGGGAGACCCCCGUCCCAGGACAGGCAGAGUCAGCAGACUCUUCGUGCUGGUGAGAAGGCCUGGGCGCAUGUCCCGAGUAGGGGAGACUACUCUCAGGGCUCUCCCUGUCACCACCAGCCAGUCCCCAAAUUGGAAAAAACAUCUAAGUGCCAGCAGUGUGGGAAAAGCUUUAGCCAAGGUUCUUACCUCAUUCAGCAACAGAGAAUCCACACAGGAGAGAAGCCUCACAAGUGCAGUGAAUGUGGGAAAGGCUUCAGUGAGCGCUCCAACCUCAUUGCCCACCUAAGGAUGCACACGGGGGAGAGACCCUACCGCUGUGGGGAAUGUGGGAAAAGCUUCAACCAGAGCUCCAGCCUCAUUGUCCACCAGAGGACCCACACCGGCGAGAAGCCUUACGAGUGCGCUGUCUGUGGGAAGAGAUUUAACAACAGCUCCCAGUUCAGCGCUCACCGGCGAGCCCACACUGGGCAGAGCCCCCCCCCCCCCGCCCCACGCGCAUGUGGGAAAAGCUUCAACAACGGCACCCACGGCCGUGCCCACCAGAAGACACACACCGGGGAGAAGCCGUACAAGUGCCCUCGGAGUGAGAAAAGCUUCCCCAAGAAUCCCGUCCUCAUCCACCAUCAGGGGGCACACAGAAGACACACUCACACCCAAGAAGGGACACAUGCUGCGAUGGUGUAG